AUGACUGGCGUUUGCGUCAGAGAUUGCUUCAGCUUGUCAAAAGCUUGUUGUUCUGUUUGUGACCAUUUCCAUGCGAUGCCCUAUCUGGUGAGCUUCCUGGGGGGCUCAGGUGAGUGGUUGUCACGGUUCAAGUCCAGACACAACGUCACCAAACGCGUGUACGAGGGGAAAGCAGCAAGUGCCAACAACACUGCUGUAAUUAGCGGCAGAGAAGAGCUGAAGAAGGUGAUGAAGAACUACGAGCGGGAAGAUAUCUUCAAAAUGGAUGAAACCGGACUGUUUUUCAAACUGGGCCCAAAUUACACCUUAGCAUCAAAGCCAGUGAAAGGGGUUAAACGGUCAAAGGAGAGAAUAACAGUUGCAUUGUGUGCAAAUGCUACCUGGGAAACAAAAAUUAAGCAAUUAGUAAUUGCCAAAGCUCGGAGACCACGUUGUUUCGGAACCGAUUUCAACCCAGAGGUGUAUGUUCGGUACAAACACAACAAGAGGGCGUGGAUGACAUCCGAACUGUUCUGUGAUUGGUUGAGAGCUUUUGAUAGGCAGACGAAGUCACGAGGUCGCCAUGUUAUUCUGCUUGUUGACAAUGCCGCUAGCCAUGGUUGUACGCAUGUGCGGUUAACCAACGUAAAAGUCCAUUUCUUGCCACCAAACACCACUAAACAUAUUCAACCAAUGGAUGGACGAAUCAUAAGGACAUUCAAGGCAUAUUACCAGAGGUAUUUGGUCCAGCUUUACCUGAAUUGUGUCGAAGAGAACGAACCUCAAGUCGUCAGUAUACGACAGGCGUUGAGAUUUGUGAAACAAGCGUGGGGUGAGGUGAAACUGUUACAGUCACGUUGA